AUGUUAGACAAAACACAAAUUACAGUUAACCAAAUAACAGAACUAUUAGAAGAAGCUAAAGAAAGUUACAAAAAUGAUAUCAAAGAGUUGAAUGAAGAAAUAGAAAAACUAACAAAGACAAGAAAAGAGUUGUUAGAAUUUCAAAAAGUAGUCGAUAUAUCAAUGAUUGCUGAUCCUGUUACACUCGUUGUUGGUGGAGUAAAGUUUCAAGCAUCAAAGGCAACACUCACCAGCAUCAAAGGCACAUACUUUGAUGCAAUGUUGUCUGGUGAUAUCAAAAUUACUUCUGUUACUGGCAAACCAAACACUUUCUUUAUUGACAGAGACGGAACUAAUUUUGCAUAUAUUUUAAAUUAUCUUCGUGAUCAUGAUGCAGUUAUAUUCCCAGCAUCGAUCAAAAGUGCAAUCGAAAGGGAAUUACAAUUCUAUAAAAUCACAAUUCCUGAGCCACCUUGCUCUAUGUUGGACCAUGUUCAAAUGGCUCCUGUUUAUGAAUGGCUAGGUUCACAUAAAAAAUUAAAUUUAAUUUAUAAAGCAACAAAAGAUGGAUUUGAAGCUAAAUCAUUCCAUGAUAAAUGUGAUGGAAAAGGUGCAACUAUUACAUUUAUUAAAUCAAUUGAAGGCGAGGUAUUCGGUGGCUAUAACAGCCAAUCAUGGAAUUCAGAUAACAAUCAAGAUGGUUAUGGUGACACAAAUUGUUUUAUUUUCACAAUCAUCAACAAUUAUGGAAGAGAACCAACCAAGUUUGUGGCUAUACCAGGCUUUACCGAUGGUUAUGUGUAUGGGUACUCCACACAUGGUCCAAUGUUUGGAUCUGAUAUUCAGAUUUGUAGUAAUAGCAACAACGACAUAAAUAGCUACUCUGGUUUCCCUCAUCACUAUCACGAGUCAUCAAAGAUAUCACAAGGAAGAUAUACUUUUUGUUCAUUUGAUGAAAUCGCAAUGGAAGAAAUCGAGGUAUUUACAACUGAUUAA